GGAAAUGAAAGGGAGCUCGGAAUUGGAAACCCAGAAAACAAAAAAAAAAACAAAAAACAAAAACCAAAUAAAUUAAGAUGGAGAAGGCUAAGGAGUUUCUAAAACUGAGUUCGGAAGAAUCGGAGAGCGUGUCGCGACUCACCAUCCAUCCUCACCGAGUCGGCCAGGAAUCGAGUUUCUACGAGGACUUUGCCACCCGAGGCAUCCGGGUUGACCGGGUCGAACCCGGCUUCGUGGCCUGUACUUUCAGGGUCCCCCCUCGCCUCACUGAUAGGACCGGAAAGUUGGCUUCAGGUGCAAUUGCAAAUCUUGUAGAUAUAGUUGGCGGUUGUGUAGUCCAUGUAGAGGGUCUCCCCCUUAAUGUUUCAGUGGACAUAUCGAUCUCAUUUCUUUCAACUGCGAGGCCUGAUGAUGAGUUAGAAAUUACCUCAAGGGCUUUAGGACAGAGAGGUGGUUACUUUGGAACAGUCGUGGUUAUAAGGAACAAAACUACAGGGGAGAUUAUUGCUGAAGGACGCCAUUCAUUGUUUGGUAAACAUUACAGCAAACUCUAAGCUCUGGAUCCAUUUCACAUCAGUGUUAUGAAAGUUGAAAAAUGUGUUAGCGUGUUUUUAUGUUGUGGGCUAACAUAGUCAUUGUCUUAUGUAUUUAAUAAAACAUGGAUUAGUUGGAGUGUAUUUUAUGACACAAUAAUAGAUAGCGAUCACCACAUUGUUAA